UGGUGACCCGUCGACCAUUGCUGGGUGCGCAUCUUCUAUUGCAAACCUAACCGACUUCUCUUCAUCAAUUAUAAAUAUAUAUUAGAAAAAUUAAAAUUAAAAUUAUUAGAAUUUCCUUUCUCUCUCUUGUUUAUAUGAUUGGAAGGCUCAGAUCAACACGACGAUAGCUCUCUCCUCACCAGUGACUUCCUGUAAACAGUGUUUAGGUGUUGUUGGCUCUUAGCCAAUGGAGAAAGGAGUGCCAUCUAGCCUUUUUGUUAAUGAUGGUUCCUUCAUGGAGAGGUUUAAACAGCUUCAACAACAGAAGGAUGAAAAAGACAAAGCUGCUGCUGCCUUAGAGGAAUCUAAACCCCCCAAAAUCGUUAAAGGGUCUUCAGCUCCCAAGCCUGCUAUUGCUCUUAACAAAAUUUCCAUGGAUUUUAAGCACAAUGAUGCACGCAAGACCUCCCAAACUUCUUCUGGGGGCAAACUUGCAUUCAGCUUGAAACAGAAGUCAAAGCUUGUGGCACCUCCUGUUAAGUUGGCUGCAGACGAGGAUGAAGAGGACCAAGAUGCAGGAAAGUUGUCAGAUGACACACCCGUAAAGCGGCAAAAGUUGUGUCAAGCAGAUACCUCCGAACUAGCAUCAAAACAAGUGGAUGUUGCACUACCUUCCCCAAGUGAUCCCAAUGUGAAGAAAGUUGCAGACAAACUAGCAAGUUUUGUUGCCAAAAAUGGAAGGCAGUUUGAGCAUAUUACACGGCAAAAAAACCCUGGAGACACACCUUUUAAAUUCCUUUUUGAUGAGAGCUGUUCUGAUUACAAAUACUAUGAAUUCCGGCUUGCUGAAGAGGAAAAAGCUCUUGUACAGAACAAGGAAUCUCAAACUCCUCAAAGUGGUGGUAUGAGCUUUUCAGCUACUAAGUCCACAAGCAGCUCCCUUAGGUCAGGUCUGCAGCAAUCAAGUUAUCAAAUGCCUGCCUCUGCUUUGUAUGAGAAUAAUGAGGAGCCUAGAUCUUCUGCGAUGUCAGCAGGAAGAGCAGUUGCAGGUUCAUCCAGUGCUCCAACAGGUGCAGAUCCUAUAGCAAUGAUGGAGUUUUACAUGAAGAAGGCUGCUCAGGAAGAGAAGAUGAGACUGCCUAAGCAGUCCAAAGAUGAGAUGCCUCCACCUCCUUCCCUUCAAGGAGCUCCUUUGAAGAAAGGUCAUCACAUGGGUGAUUAUAUCCCACCAGAAGAGCUUGAAAAGUUUUUGGCUGCCUGCAACGAUGCUGCUGCUCAAAAAGCUGCACGGGAGACUGCAGAGAAGGCAAAGAUUCAAUCUGAUAAUGUUGGGCAUAAACUUUUGUCAAAAAUGGGUUGGAAAGAAGGUGAGGGUUUAGGGGGCUCCAGAAAGGGUAUUUCAGAUCCGAUCAUGGCUGGUGAUGUAAAGAUGAACAAUUUGGGGGUUGGUGCUCAUCAUCCUGGAGAUGUGACUGCAGAGGAUGAUAUAUAUGAGCAGUAUAAGAAACGGAUGAUGCUUGGUUAUCGAUACAGACCAAAUCCUCUGGUAUAUGAUAUGACUUAACAAUCCUCGAAAGGCAUACUAUUGACGAAGUUGUGGAAGAUAAUCUACUCGAGGAGGCUGGUUGGAGGCAAUAAUGAAUCAAAUGUAGUAAAAAUGCUUAUCGUAUUUUUAUUAUUAUUUUAAUUUUUUUGGUUUGUGACUGAAUUUUCCAGGGAGACUGCCUUUGUUACUUUUAUUUAGUGUUUAAUGACAAAUAGUGUUUGUACCCAAUAUAUAGACUGUUAACUGGUGAUUGCCUUGUAUGGAAGUGAAAGCAUUUGAUUUGGAA